AGAAAAAAAAAAGAAGCUGAACCGUCAAAACAUAAACAGAGCAGUCAACCUUGUGUGAACGCAGUUAGCUUUCUUUACAGUCUAUCUUUUACCGAAAGCUUUAUGCACGCAUUCCUAAUGUCGUGUAUUUACGGUCAGAGAAUUCCUAGUCAAGGCACUUAGCUCAACUGCUAAGUAGUGAGGUGGAGAGAAUAAAUCUGCAAUAAAGAUUAGGACUAAACUAAGAAGUACGCCUCGUCGGGCCUUCGAGUAGAGGUUCUCCCUCGGGUCGACGCAGGACAAAGGAGACAGGAUGGCUGAGGCUGACGGCAAAUCCACUGUGCUUAACGGUGGCUCUGAGGAAAAAGAACCAGGAGAGGAUCAACACAAAGAGGCAGAUGCGUCUGGAAGCAAAGAGGGACAGACACAGUCAUCUUCUGAUGAUGCUCCCAAAGAAACAGGAGAGGCCUCUGGAGACAAGCCCAUGCCAGAUGUAGAAGUAGAGACAGGUGCAAACAGGGAGGGAGAGGAGGAAGAGGACACUGACAGCAUGGAUGGCAGUGGUCUCUACUCCCUGACUGAGGAUGGUGAAAGAGAGAGCGAGGGAGGAAGACGGGAGAGAGCAAAGGAUAAAGAUGGUGGGAAAAGGGCAGCAAGAAAGAGGAAUAGACCUGGCGGUGGCUCCAAUCACUCCACCAGCUCAGAUGAAGAUGACGAUGAGGACGAAGAAGAACAGAAAGAUGAUGAAGACGAUGAUGAGGCUAUGGAGGCAUGGCUGGGAGCAGAGCUCCGUGAUCUGCGUGGUCCUAUAUGGCGGGCGAUACCCUCGCUGCGCUCCAGGGAGAUUGGCAGGGACUCACACCAGUUUGUGAGGCGCGUGUGUGGAGCCCGUGGUCUCGUGCAGAGGCUGGAGCUCCAGGGUCGACUGGAGAGGCACACAGGCUGCGUCAACACAUUGCACUUCAACCCCUCGGGCACACGCCUGGCUUCAGGCAGUGAUGACCUGCGAGUGGUGAUCUGGGACUGGGCUAUCCGUCGUGCUGAGCUGGAGUUUGACAGUGGCCACAAGAGCAAUGUCUUUCAGGCAAAGUUCCUGCCUCACAGCGGAGACUCCACCUUGGCCAUGUGUGCCCGAGAUGGUCAGAUCAGAGUUGCUGAGCUCUCUGCCACACAGCGGUGCAAGAACACCAAGCGGGUAGCACAGCACAAAGGGGCAGCACACAAGCUGGCCCUCGAGCCAGAUUCCCCCUGCUCCUUUCUGUCCGCUGGAGAGGAUGCUGUGGUGUUUGGUAUUGACCUGCGUCUUGACCGUCCUGCCAAUAAACUGGUGGUUGUGAAGGAGGGCGAUAAAAAAGUGGGGCUGUACACCAUUUUCGUCAACCCAGCCAAGACACACCACUUUGCUGUGGGCGGAAGAGAUCAGUAUGUGAGAAUCUACGACCAGAGGAAAAUCAAUGAGAAUGAUAACAACGGUGUCCUGAAAAAGUUCUGUCCUUCACACCUGGUAUCCAGUGAAUCCAAAACCAACAUAACCUGCCUUGUGUACAGUCACGAUGGCACAGAGCUCCUGGCCAGUUACAACGAUGAGGACAUCUACCUGUUUGACUCUAACCACAGUGAUGGUGCUGACUAUCGCAGGAGAUACAAGGGACACCGCAAUAAUGCUACAGUGAAGGGGGUGAACUUCUACGGGCCAUGCAGUGAGUUUGUGGUCAGCGGCAGUGACUGCGGACACAUCUACCUGUGGGACAAGCACUCUGCUCGCAUCGUCCAGUUUAUGGAGGGAGACAGGGGAGGAGUGGUAAACUGUUUGGAGCCACAUCCCCAUCUGCCGGGUAUGGCCACCAGUGGGCUGGACCACGACAUCAAACUGUGGGCCCCCACAGCUGAAAGUCCCACAGGACUCAAGGGUCUAAAAGAGGUGAUGAAGAAAAACAAGCGGGAGCGCGAUGAGGACAGCGUGCGCCACGGUGACCAGUACGACACCCAGCUGCUGUGGUUCCUGAUGAGACACAUGAGAAACAGACGGCCUCCGAGGGCCCGCCGUGAGGGUGCAGACGCAGACACAGAUGAGUCCUGGAGCUCUCCAGAUUCCUCUGAUGAAGAGGAAGGAGGCCCAGACCACGUCCAGUGCAUGUCCUCCUGAGCCACGCAUUCAUACACACACAUGCAUACAUACAUACAUUACACACACACUUUAUUGCCCUUGAAUUGAUGCACAUAGGCAAGCACUAUUGACACACUGGCACACCCAAACACUGACGAGCCACAGACUUUCUUUUUUUUUCUUCUUUUCACACACACAUACAAACACACACAUAAAAACACACAUUUACUCAAACAUACAUUUGAAGCAGAGUAACAGAGAUGCUUAACGCCUGGUUUCCCAGCAGUUUUGAGUGUGAAAAAUGACGACUACAGACUGCAUACACACUUCCAGAAUCCUGAUUUUUUUUUUUUUGAGAAAUGUACAAAGAGGUUUAGUGAGUGCUUACAUCCCUAUAAACCACUUGGAGGCCCCCUGCUUGUCCAUACAUUAUCUAUAUGCUCUGCAUAGCCCCAGAACAAUGUACUGUGAGUGUAUGGCAACAAGCACCUCCUCUUUAGGUACCCUGUAGGAAGCUAUACAUCACCAGCACACAAUCCCCCCUCUCUUAGUAACACACCUCUUGCUCUCAAGCUCUCUGUGCUGAUGAAGGGAGGUUCAGCAGGGAGGAAGGGUGUAAAAAUCAUACCCUCAAACCAUCCCCUAAAUGUGACUUCCUUAAAUAUUUCUCAUAGAGGGAAACCCCAGUGUCCCCUCUCUGCAUCGCCCCAGUCUCAUACUAAUUUCUGGCCCUGAGCUUGUGCAGCUAGUUGCAUUUUUUCCACACGUUUUCUCUCCGAGGACUACUAAAUCCCUACAUGCUGCAUCACCCUACAUGCUGCCCUCAAGCUACUCCCUUGCCUCCUCUUUCCAUCGCCCUCCCUCUCACUGCUGAGUGCACUUUGAAUCAGGGACGCUUUAGUUUUGAGACACAGACAAAAACGUGCACUGAGUGUGUGAUUUUGGGGAGAAGAGCUCUAUCCUUUCAUUGGAAAACCCCCACAGUGAAGUUUAGUUUAUUUCUAUUGAUUAUUUUGUUCUGAGUGGGGAAAUAUUUUGCACUUACGAGUUUUUCGACUGAGGAAGAGGAGGUUUCUUUUGCUUCCACCAGCCUUUCCUCCUUCUCUUUCCUCUUCUUCCUCCCUCACUCUCCAUCCUGACACCCAUCGUUGACAGGAAACCUUUGAUGUUGAGGUAGAUGGUGUUUAGCAUGUACAAAGGAUGAGGAAUCAUGUUGGUAUCUGUUGGGGAACUGUGUGAUUUUUGAAGAGCCAGAACCGACCUGGAUCAAAUCCCAAUUGAAACACUGCCCAAGUGCCAAUUGAGAUUGGAGUAAUAAAGGACUGUACUUCCACAUGCGGUUCCUUAAAUCCCCCCCUGUGAUGCUAACAGUCUCAAAUCAAUUGUUCAGUGACAUUUUUCAGACAAAACUGAACCAGGUCGUGUGUUUGCAGCCAGCGCACCACUUGUGAGGAAACUUGUGUCGGUGCUGGAUUAACAACGGCUCAAAGAGGAGGACAGGGGGGACACGGGCGGCGGGGUAAAUAUGCUUGCCAGUCAUUUGUUGUGUGAGAGCGAUAAAGUCCAGCUUUUCUCAUUUUCUAUGAGAACUCUAGUUAGUUGAGUUUAUAUGUACAUAUAUAAAUAUAUAUUAAAACUGUAAAAAAAAAAAUCAACUUUAGCAAAUGCUGUUUGACUUCAAAAAAAGCAAAAAAAAGAUGUCAAAACAUUUGAUUGGUAUUGAUGCAGAGGUUUAUAUUCUAUAUGAGGAUUAAGUACUUUUAAAAUCCAGAGAAAAAAAAGUUGACUUGAGGCACCAUUUUUCUUCAUUUGUUUCCUUUUAUGAAUGACUUCCCUCUGUUACCAACAGAACAGCUGUCAUUUCGAGUAUUAAAGUUCUGAUUCUGUUGUUCAAGAAAAAAAAAAAACAGUAUUUCCUUUCUAGAUCUUUAAUCCAUCAUUUGAGACAGUUCUAUCCAGAUUUUCCCACUGGCUAUUUUUGGCAUCUUGUAUACAUAAUAAGGCGUUUGAUGAACAAUUUUUUGUCCACCACUGCCUGAUAUUGCGUUCUACCAGUUGAGUUGGAAAUAUGUACGAUUCGUGCAAUAAACAAAAAGACAGUGCUCUUGA